AUGCAUUAUCCUGGGUACCCGAAUAUCUAUCGGGCCUCAACACGCAUCCUCGAUCACCUUGAGCAUACGCACCUUGACUCCAUGCUCAGAAACCACUUGUUCUCUUCUUCACUUAGUGCUUUCCGAUUUUGCACUCCUGGCCCACCCACGAGUUCCAAUUUCAGGUCCUGCUCAGCCACAACGAUUCGCAGCGCAAGUGACAAUGCGAUAGUGCACUAGUCCAGCACAUGCAUGUGCUUGACUGCUCUUUGAGCUUGAGAAAUCCCCGACGACGAUUGCUCCUUCCCCGUCGCUCCUCGCACCGGUGCACGAGGCCAAUCAGCGCCUUGAUCCCUCACUCCUUCCCUUUCCCCCAACCCCUCUACCCUCUCCAACUUUCACUAGUUUAUCAAAUCACUCAAGCUGUGACAAAUUACUUAUUUUGUAUCAAAAUUGUCAGCAGUUGCAUGGUAUCUGGUCAACAACUCUCGGAAUUGUUGUGGCCAUGGUUUUAAUCUUUCAACAAAUUGGCAUUGUAGCAAUCGGUGCAAUUGUUCUAAUUCUCCUCAUGUUUCUUGAACAGUUAUGGGAUGUAUAAUAGUGGUAUUAUAAUAGUUGAAUUUGAGAUUACGGUAUAAUCUAAACUUACUCCCAACUUGAAAUUGCAUUACAAAAAUUAGAGUUGAUACAUGUUCCGUGGGAUUUCUUCUACGAAUGAGUGAAUGACUGAAGGUCUCACUUUCUCUCCACAUCUUUUGUUGUUUAAUGACAGGAUUCACUCCAGCUUUGACCAAGCAUGCGUGUUGCGGAGCGCCUGGAAUUGGAACCCACAACUACAAGCCACUCGUCACUUGUGGUAAUACAGGGUCCAAGAAAUGUGUAAAUCCGGACUAGUAUGUCAAAUGGGACGGUGUACAUCUGACCGAAGCGUUUACAGGCGAAUGGCCUUAUGGGCCCUCAUUCCCCGGUCAGCUACACUUCUCUGUGUGAAGAUGAUACUGAAUGAAACGUCCCAAGGAGGUAUGAAUGAAGAGUUCAUCACAGCGGAGAUCGUCCAUCGACUUACGGCGGAACAACUGCUUCAAACGACACUUCGGUGAACCCUAUCUUCCUGAAGUUGGAAGUUACCGAAUACGUCAGACUCAAGCAGAUUGCAAUUUUCCAGAAGAAUCAAUUGAGAUUCAAUCCAGCUUUGACCAAGCGCGCCUGAUGCGGAGAGCCUGGACUUUGGGACCCUCAACUACAACCCGCUCGUUACCGGUGGUAAUGCAGGGUCCGACAAGUGUGCAAACCCGGACGAGUUUGUUAACUGGGAUGGUGUACAUUUUACCGACGCCUUUUACAGGCAAAACGCCUCAUGGGGUCCUUGCUGGAAAUUAAACUAAGAACCCGGUCAACUACACUCUCUGUGCAACUUAGAUUUCCAGAACUUUGCAAAAUCUUCCAGAGUGCAGACAAGCAGAAAACUAGAUCUCGGAAGAGGUAAUAAGGGAUGUCAGGCCGUUGGAGAACGCUUCAUGAACUGAAGCUCCGUACUCUUUGAACAUGAUCAAUAUCUGAGUAUUCCUUG